GCCGCCGCCAUGCCGUCCAGCCGCCUGCUGCUGUCCGUGCACAUCUUCACCUUCCUGAUGGGCGUCCCCCUCAACAUCCUGGCCUUCUGGACCUUUGUCCGCAAGCUGUGGCGCAAGGCGACGCCCAUCGACGUGCUGCUGCUCAACCUCACCGUGUCCGACCUCAUCUUCCUGGCCUUCCUGCCCUUCAAGAUGAAGGAGGCGUACGACGACAUGCGCUGGCUGCUGCCGUACUCGCUGUGCCCGCUGUCCGGCUUCGUCUUCUACGUCACCAUCUACAACAGCACGCUGCUGCUGACCGCCGUCAGCGUGGAGCGCUACCUGGGCGUGGCCUUCCCGCUGCGCUACUCCGCCGUGCGCCGCCCGCGCUACGCCGUCUGGGCCUGCGCGGCCUUCUGGGUGGUGACCUCGCUCAACCUCAGCUUCGUCUACGUCGUGCCGUACUACCAGUGGCGUGACAACGGCGCGCCGGGCUCCGCGGGCAACGGCAGCCGGCCCACCUGCUACUUGCACUUCACGCCGGAGGAGCUCAGGUUUGUGCUGCCGAUCCGGCUGGAGCUCUUCCUCGUGCUCUUCUGCGUGCCGUUGCUCAUCAGCUGCUUCUGCUACAUCAACUUCAUCCUCAUCCUGUCGCGGCUGCCCAGCAUCGGCCGGCGCCGGCGGCUGCGCUGCAUCGGCCUGGCGCUGGGCACGCUGGCGGCCUUCACCGUGUGCUUCGGGCCGUACAACGCCUCCCACGUGGUUGGCUACGUACAUCACGACAGCCAGGAGUGGAGGAGCACGGCUCUGCUCUUUAGCACGCUCAACGCCUGCCUCGACCCCUUCAUCUUCUACGUGUCGUCGGCGGCGGUGCGCAGCGCCCUGAAAAGCUGCCUCAGGGGCAUCGCCGCCAAGCUGCAUCUCCUGAGGUGCAGGGGGGCGCUAACGCCUCGCAAGCUGUCCAAAGAUGAGCGCUACGAGGAGGAGGCCCCUCCCUGAACGCACCUCGAACCUCGAGCCUCUCCUGCUGAGCUGCAACAUUCAAGGUUGAUGUCCACGACCCCUUUAUCACUGAAGAUCAGUGUUGUGCAUGAACAAGUUCAUUUCUGUGAGAACGUUGAACUGAACGCAACAUAUUGAGGGUCUGCAUUGACGUCACUUCCCCACUGGACCACGCCCCCUUACUCGCACUGAUCGGCAAAAACAGCUGCAACUAGUGGAGGAGACGGGAUAACAGCUGAUUAUGGGCUUAAAUUAAAGGCAGUUGGACUUGACAGUGACCUGUACAGUUACCCCAAGAACCAGUGGUCCAUGGACAUGAAUAUUUGGCCACGAAUCCAGUUUCCUGAUAUUUAUAUGUACUUAAUUUCUACGCCAGGGAAAUACACGAAGCAAAGCUUGAAGGCUUACAAAAGUCUUGACGCUUGGUUCUACUUCAAGGCAGGAUUUGUUGGCGAAAUUAAAGUGAUAAGGACACCGAACUUUAUGAUUUGACUGUUUAACGUUAGCUACCCAAAAAUCCAACAUUACCUGAUACAAAAUGGGAACCGCAAAUCCACAUUUCGGUGCCUGGAAUCCAGUUGUUUCUGGGAAUUGCAGCCCAUUUGUCUCUCUUAAGCUUAUUUUUCGGCAGUCUGUAAAACGAUAACUCCAAUUUCUUGCUAAGUCCAGUACAGUCGAUCGCACAACAGCUCUUUCCCAUUUUAGAUGUUUGAGUGUGCUCAAACUGAAGGUUUACGCUGCCACUCAGUGGGUGUAACCCGCUGUACAGAAUCUGUAACGUCA